AUAUGUCAAGUUGUUAUAAAUUAAACUAUCACUUAAAAAGUUCAUAUAAUAGUGAGGUACUAGCUAGUCAUUUUAACACAAGCUUAGAGAAAAUAUGGUGACGGCGAAAAUGAGCAGAGGGUUGGUGGUGCUCACCUUUACGGUGGCCGUAAUCGUACUUUGCAGUCACCGGCCGGUGAUGGCAGAAGAGCAGCAAGUGGAAUUAGCAGAUGUCAACAAGGGCGCCAAUAGCACCACAUCGCCAUGGACAUUAUUUGUACCUAGCGCAACUGAUAAUUGCUUGAAAAUCUACAAUUGCGCGAGGUACGCAACUACCAGCUGCAUAACCGAAUGCUGCGCGUUAUUCCCCUUCAGUACUAUGCCUAUAAGAAAUUGCAUUUGCUGGCGUUUGGCCGACCAUGUGAAUAAAGAAGUUUUUACUGCUCUUCAAAAGUAUUGUGGCUUCAAGAAUCCUUGUCCACAUAAGCAAGAAAUCAAGCAGCUGCCAGAGGUGGUUGGAACUAGCAAGGCCAUGGACAACAAAAGUAGUUGCAACCAACAACUGCAAGAACAGCCAACUUGUUGUGCAAAGGAUAAAGAAAAGAUAAAUAAUUGCAUGUUAAACACAGCUUCCAUAGACCAAUGUUGCCCAACAUUCAGUAUUAUGCUUGGCCGUAACUGCGACUGCUAUAAUUACGCCAAGAAUUUAGACAAUCAAGCUCUCAUCACACUUGAGAGUUACUGUGAUGUCACCAAUCCAUGCAAGAGUGCUCAAGUGAUGUAGGAUUCUGAUAUGGGGAUGGAAGUAAUCUUACAAAAAUGUUUAGUUCUAUUCUAUGAUGAACAAUUGGUCCUCUCUGUAGCAUAGCUUCGUCAUGUUUUGUUUAGUGCCCCUAUAUAUGAUGUUGAACAUAGUUAUUUCGCUAUAAGCGAAAAUGUGUUUUUCUGUUUGGCACUUGAGCAAUGAUGAGUUAACAUAUGAUCGUUUUCGGCCCAA